AUUUUGUAUAUUCAAGCGUUGAAGAUCUGGGGCGGUACUAAAUCUUUUCUCACUUACACGACUAGGCAACCUACGAGGCAACUUAGGAGGUAACCUAAGUAAUCUAGGUAACUGAAAGAGGAACGACGGGUAGCUAGCAAGAUGACCGAAAAAGCGUCGACAGCAGCAUCGGGUGCUGCUCCAGGCGCCACCGCCCAGCAAGCAACGUCGUCCACGCCGGCGUCUCCAGCAGCAGAUCCCUCGCCCGAGCCUCAAACGUCACGGACCGGCAACCCUGAUAUUCUUCCCGCAUCACACUGGGCCCAGCUACCUCCCGUUAAUGUUCGCGACGAUGAUGAUUCGGCCUUCGAAGACGCUGCCAGCUCGACCGCGUCCUUAACAGCUAGCAUCCUCGAGUAUCGAACGGUCAAUGGGCGCACGUAUCAUAGUGAACGCGGCAACGCGCAAUCAUGGGGCCCGAACGAUGCUAUCCACGACGAAUCUAUGGACAUCUUUCAUCAUACCGCGAUGAUCAUGCUAGAUGGCAAACUCUGCGCGGCUCCUCUUGACGAUAACAUUCAGAAAGUGCUGGAUGUAGGUUGCGGUACCGGUAUAUGGGCAAUUGACUUUGCCGACCAAUACCCCAACGCUGAAGUGAUCGGUGUGGACGUUUCACCGCAGCAGCCGCAAUGGAUCCCGCCCAAUCUAAGAUUCGAAGUGGACGACGUGACACAGCCGUGGACGUACGAACCGGAAAGCUUCGAUUAUAUCCACGUACGCUGGCUUGUCGGUUCGAUUCCGGAUUGGUAUGCUCUGUUCAGAGAAGCCUACCAGGCGUUGAAACCCGGCGGGUACUUGGAGAGCCAGGAAUCGUCGUGUAUGAUCACUAGCGACGACGGGACGGUCAAGGAGGGCUCCCCUCUGGAUCAGUGGAGCAAGGUAUUCUCGGAGGCCGGAAAGAAGAUCGGCCGCACGUUUACCGUUAUAGAAGAAGACCUGCAGAGGAAAGCGAUGGAGGCUGCGGGUUUCGAAGUUACGUACCAGGAAGACAUCAAAACGGCAUUGAGCGGGUGGCCGCGAGAUGAGAAGCUCAAACAGAUCGGAAUGUACACAGGCCUCGCCGUGGGACAGGAUAUCGAAGGGUUCCUGACUUACUUGUGGACGCUGGUUAUGGGCUGGACUCCGGAAGAAAUUCAGGUAUACGCAGCACAUCUCCGGCGCGAUAUGCGAUCACCGAAAAUCCACGCCUAUUAUCCCACCAGGAUAAUGGUUGGUCGCAAGCCGCUGAACGCGACGACAACUUCGUAA